AUGCGUAUGCGUUCAUGUAUCGCAGAUUUAUUUCCCGCAUCGGUUCUUAUCUAUCUAUCUAUCUAUCUAUCUAUCUAUCUAUCUAUCUAUCUAUCUAUCUAUCUAUCUAAUCCGGUCUAUUCAAAUCUAUCUAUCUAUCUAUCUAUCUAUCUAUCUAUCUCAAUUUGUCUAUAUCUAUAUCUGCUGAUAUAUUUCUCUGACUUUGUUCGCCGCUCUUUCUCUCUCAUUCUAUUUAUCUUCUUUCUUUCUUUCUUUCUUUCUUUCUUUAUCUCCCUCGUUUCGUUCAUAUCGCUCUUUGUCUCUCUGCCUACCUGUCGCUUUCAUUCUACUCAUUAUCUAUCUAUCUAUCUAUCUAUCUAUCUAUGUUCAUAUUUAUCUAUCAGUCUCACUUUGUUCAUAUCUAUCUAUCUAUCUAUCUAUCUAUCUAUCUAUCUAUCUAUCUAUCUAUCUAUGUUCAUAUUUAUCUAUCAGUCUCACUUUGUUCAUAUCUAUCUAUCUAUCUAUCUAUCUAUCUAUGUUCAUAUUUAUCUAUCAGUCUCACUUUGUUCAUAUCUAUCUAUCUAUCUAUCUAUCUAUAUAUCUAUCUAUGUUCAUAUUUAUCUAUCAGUCUCACUUUGUUCAUAUCAUCCAUAUCUAUCUAUCUAUCUAUCUAUGUUCAUAUUUAUCUAUCAGUCUCACUUUGUUCAUAUUAUCUAUCUAUCUAUCUAUCUAGGCAGGGCAUAUUUUCAUUCAUAUUUAUCUAUCUCAAUCUCAAAUCUAUGUCAAAUAAAUCCCAAGAGACUGACGCAACAUAAUCUACCGACAAUGAUUGAGCAGACAUGUCCCCUGCUUUUGUCUAUCAAUCUAGUUAUCUAUAUCAAUUAUAGGAUUUGUUCAGCAGCUUCGGUAGUCGGUGUUCGUGCUUAG